UCCAAAAUUACUCCAAAGAAAAUUUCUUAUAUGUAUAAGUAAACUUUCAACUUCUUUAACCCUUAGAUUUGAAAGAUUACUUUUGAAAACUUUAAUUUCAUUUAAAGUAAAUUUUUCCAAGGGAUGUUCUGCAUCUAUUUUAUAUCUGUUAAUUCGUCGAUCUUCAAUAAGAUAUACGCGACUGCGCCUUUUCAGUACGUAGCACGUAUGUUAUCUUCUGUCACUCUCAGCGAUACGUGUUGUCGGGCUUAAAACGAGAAUACAUUCUUAUUUAUGCCCCGUGCUUCAUAAUAUUGAUUCUCUAUAUGUCUAUUUACAUUUAUCGCUUGCCUAUGGUACGCGCGAGGCAUUGAGAUCACCCGAAUAUCAUGCGGACUGUUUCCGAAAACUUCUCAAUGUUCGCACGACCCUCGCCGUGGACGGAUUCGAUGCGGCACGCGGCAUCCGUAAUCGAAAUCACAGAACCAUGAAACUCCUCUUUCUAUUCCUGGCAACUUACGUCUCUCUGCAGCUACUUAUUGUGCACGCGACAGACCUGAACGAAUAUCUGAAUGAGAAGCUACGACAGUCCAAGAAAGAAUUCAUCAAGAUUCAAAUCCAAGAGACGUCGCCGGUGCAAGAAACAUCGUACAGAGUACACUGGAACAGAGCAUGGCAGGUACCAGUAACGAGCGAUUAUCAGCCGUUCACCGUAGACAUGCUCGACGGGGUGUUCAUCCUCGAAGGCAAUCGCGUGAUGGCACCCUCAUUCAACGCGACGGCCUGGAACGAGACCUACGACGCGUUACGCGAGGUUGAUCGGAUCCGAGACGAGUCCGUCGUUAAGUUCGUCAGGAGCAUCGUGUGGGAGAACAUCAACUACCUGUUGGUGUGCUACAAGCCCGGUCUGUGCAGUCUUCACACGGCAAGACCGAAUCACCCAUUACAAUUCCGCCACACCAUAGGAUCCCGAGGCAUCCUCGUGGACGCCCAGUUUUUCACGCAGGACGACCGACUCUAUCUGAUCAUCGCCAAUAACGCCGAAAAAUUGUCCAUACCGUCCGUAAUCUACCAGUGGAGCGGCACGUAUAUGGACGUCGUCGCUGAGGUGAUGACGACCGGCGCGAUAUCGCUGACCACGUUUGAGCAUCUACGAUCGACGAUCAUCGUGUUCGCCCAGAGCGACACCGAGCUGCUCGGUUCCAACGUGUACGAGUUCAAGGACAAGCACGUCGAGAGGAUACAGUUCCUGUCCACCACGCGUCCGACCUCGGUGCACAACUACGUCCACGGCGACUUCAACUUCGUCCUGAUGAUAAAUGACUUGGGGCCGAGCGACGUGCUCUGCUGGGACGGGAAUGAAUUGCUGGAUUGGUUCAGCCUUCCUGACAUCGUACCGCAUAGCCUGAUAAGUAUUUUUCACAUGGACGGCGAUACUUUCGUAGUUGCAGCGCACGAUAAUACUGUCCGGUUGUACAAAUUUCACAGUACGUCGGAUUGGAAGUGCGAGGAUGUUAAACACUUUCAGGAUAACCAGAAGAUAGUCGAUAUGACUGUACUGGUGAACGAGCAUACGAUGAAUGUAACAUUGAUCCUUGUAGAAAAGGACGUGUACUGGGUGGAACAAUGGGAGGUUGAGAUGACUGCGGUACCGAUAGAAAGCAGUGUGGAGGACAUCGAUGCAACAAGAAGAUGCUUAUCGGACCUGAUCGAAAUAUUACAAGCGAGAAUGCCGGCCAUAAAAGAAGCUCAGGCCUCCUGGAAGUCUCUCUUACCGUCCGCGGAGAAUUUAACGAUUUCAGAACCAGUGAGCUUCGACAGUUUGAUCUUACUGUCCGGCACAGUGGACAGUAUAGAGGUUGCGACCAAAGAAAACAUCCUGCCACCUCACCAGAUUGCGCGAGAUCUGGAUGAACUUGAUCGCAAUAUACACGACGUCCAGGCAAAACAGUCCACGUGGCAGCAAGAGACGAGAGCGACUGCAAAUAUGUUGGAAGGGUUCAAGGAAAGAAUUACAGCCGACGACGUGUAUCUGGAAGAGUUGGAGAUCGACCGGGUGCACGUGGAUUUCUUAAACGGCGUGAACGUGCAACCGCAGAAGAUGAUCCUCCCGGAGGACGAGCAACACUUCGCACAUCCGCUACGCGCGGAAAAUCUCGUUGUGCACGAUCUCGAGGUUGAGUCUCUCUGCGGAAUACCGCCCGAAUAUUGGACGUUGCGAAAUGACGAGGGAAUUGCGUCAGCCAUUGCAAACAGCUCCGUCGAGUAUACAAACGACACAGUUAUAUUGCAUUCCGAUCUGACAAUACCGAAGUUGAAGAUCCAGAGCCUGAACGGGACGAUCGUCGAUGAACUGAUCGGCAAUCUGUUCGUCGUCAACCGCACUCGGGAAAUCAAAGGUACAAUCACGUAUCAGACCUCGCCGCAAAUCAUAAAUCUUACGGCCGAGAUGGUGAACGGUGUUCCCGUUGAUAAACUCAUGACAACGACAACAAAUCAGAGCUUCGACGAUUUCUAUAUAAACAUGUUAUACAUUGAAAAUUUGUACGCGGAGACAAUCAACGGAGUGCCAGUUGAAGAAGCUGCGCGAAAGUCUCGCGAGAACGUUAUUAAAGGCAAAGUAAAACUGGCGAAUCUUCGCGUCACCGAGAAUCUCGUGAUCGACAUGGACGAGUCUAUGAUAAAAUUACCCGACAAGCGACUACAAAUUUAUCAAAAUGUCACGAUAUUGGGCGAUCUGCAUGUUGAGAACAUCGAGGUCAAGAACGCGCUCUUCGUGGAAGAUGUCCCGGUAAACGUGGACGACAUGUUCGAUCGAUACUGGACAAAGUCCACCGAUCAGACGAUCACUGAAGAGAUUACCUUGGAAGCUGGCAUCACCAUCGACGAGCUCAAUGCGAAAUAUCUCAACGGUUUCGCGGAGAGCGACUUUCUGUACACCACGAUGGAGGAAAUACCCAGCGAUUUCACCAAUUUACGCUUCGAGAAUUUCCAUGUUGAACAGUUUGUCAACGAGAACGCGCCCGACGACGAUUUCUUCAAAGUUGAGCCAACGUCACUAACGAUCCGAGAAACGUUGCAUGUGCAGACGCUCCGAGCGAAGGACAUCAUUGCUCUGACUUUCAAUGGCGUCAGCGUAGACGACAUCAUGAAUGAGACUCCUGUAAACUUCACAGGAACCACGGCACUUCCUAUGGUUCGAGCACGUUGUGUGCUGGUUGAUAAUCUCAAUGUUCGUCUUCUCAAUAAUCGCGAGGUCUUCUUCGCAGACGGACUUCGCGUCGACGACGAUCAUCACCUGUCAAGUUUGAAGGUACCGGAGUUUCACGUACGAAACUUGGAAGUGGAGAGGUUGAAUGGAAUCGAGAUGGAUCCGACGCGAUUGAAUGAUCUGGUGAGUUCCGAUCCGAGCCGAAUCGUCAUUAACGGCGACUUGACGGUGGAGGAUCUGACGAUUGACCAAGUGGACGGGAUAUCGGCCGAGAGCUUCUUGGAGGAACUGUCGCGGAGCAACAUCACGAUAGCGUCAGAAAGAAGCAUCGAGCAUCUAGUCGUUCAGAAUAUCACGCUGGAGUCUCUUCGUGGGCAGAACUUUGACAAUCUGAUCGCCAGCGUCCUCACGAAAUCGAGGGAACAAACGAUAACAGGACACUUCACCGCUGACGUCGUCACCUCCGACAACGUCACGCUGGAUUUCAUCAACAAGUGGAACGCUUCGCAGCUGAUGUGGGUGGACGAGCCUUUAACGAUCACGGGCAACGUAACGUUCUCCGAUCUGUUCGUCGAGGGCGACGUGAUUACUCCAAAGAUGAACGGACGCAACGUACGCGAGUUGUACGACAGCUUAUUCUACAUUCCGGCAAAAAAUAUCGAUCUCUUGGAGGUACACGAGAAUGUUUUCUGGGACAAGCCCUCGAUCGAUCCUGCCUCCGUCUCUUAUUUGCUAAGUAACGCCGUGACUAAAGAUAGGGAUCAAAUUAUCACGGGGAACGUGACUUUUGAGAAGAAUGUUCGCGCGUGGGCGGUCAACGGUAGUUACUCAGAUAUCGAGCAAAUUCGAUGUAUAGUAACGGACGCCGUGCUCGAUGAUGGAGAGCGCAUCGAGAUCAACGGAAGGAAAGUCUUCGAGGAAGACUUGACUGCGGACAGCUUGACGGUGAACGGCGAUCUGGGUAUUGUCAGGAUCAACGACGUGAAUAUUCUCGAGUUGAAUGAUUCUGCCGUCAGGCAGAGUCGCGAGGAGACGAUUGUCGGUCCGCUGACGUUCCUCGCGGAUGUCACGAUCGAGAAGCUCUACGUGAACGAUGCCGAUGUCAACGCGUCCGUCAACGCCGCGGUCCGCUCCGACGACGUAAUGCCGGAUAAUAUUUUCUUCGAGGAGCUCGAAGUGCGGGGCGACGUGUGUUUGCAAACGUUGGACGGGAUAUACUUCGACAGGUUUGUGAAGGAUCGUGUCACCCUUAAAGGAAACCACGAUAUCUCGUGCGACGUGAGAUUCAAUGGUAUCGUUACAGUAACAGGCAAUGCGGAUAUAGGGAAAAUUAAUGGAAUUCGCCCAUCCGAGUUUGUCCUAAAUGAUGUCGACGAGCUGCAAAUAAUAAACGGCAGAAAAACUUUCAAGGAGGAUUUGAUAAUCGAUGGAAACGUUGUCGCGCCACGAAUCAACGAUAUCGAAAUAAUGAAAGAAUAUAAUGACGGAGUACAAAACAUCGAUGAAGAUGUCGACAUCUUUGGUGAUCUCAUUUUCGAAGCGGACGUUGAAAUUCAAAACCUAAGUACCUCCGGUUUGGUGAACAACGCGGACCUGCGUUCUCUCGUCAGCGAUCCCGAAGAAAGGAUAAAUGAAACUCUCGCUCUUCUGGAAGAACAUUGGAAGAUAAUCGAGCAGAACGUCGAGUAUAGCUCGCGUAUAUCCGAAACUUUGCGCAACGUCUUUUUCUACCUAGAGGAGGAAGAGAAUCUGGAUAUACCUGGGAACAACGUCAGUAAGGUCGACGUAGUGCACUUUGACGAGAGCACGAUUAGGUUGAACCUGUACAGCGAGCAGCCCGGGAGAUUUUGCGGGCUACCGGACAACUGUACAUGCACGUAUCAGUCUGUGGUCGAGCUCGAUGACUUCGACAAUGAGAACAGAACUAAGCGUGGGAAGUGGGAAGUGAACCCCAUGGAGAUCGUCAAGAACUUUCACGACCCGAGCGAGAUGUUCGGCGUGAACGUGAUAACGAACGCCGUCUCGAGCAGCAAGGAAUGUAGUUCGACGGGAACCAGGCCGGAGUACACUACGUUCUCCUUGAUGACGUCGGAGAAUCUUGAAGAGAAUCACGAAGACGUUUUCGAUAAGGUCGAAGGAUACUUGAAGGACACCGAGAUCUUUAGACACGACGGCGAUGUGUACAUAGUUCUGGCGAUAUAUUACGAUAAAGUGCGCGCGACACAUCGCACGAAUUCCUUGCUUUAUAGAAUGCGCAACGCGACGAGAAACGCGACGUUGGUGCAGGAAAUUCCUACGGACGGCGCUUGGUCCAUUCAGAUCUUCAAAAUCAAUGAUCACGACGUAUUUCUCGUAAUCGGCUGUUACGGCGAGUCCUCGGAAUCUUCAUUACACAGAUUCGAUCCGACAACGCGAAAGUUCGAACGGCUAAGAACGUUCGCAAGCAGAAGCCGUUAUGUGAAGAGCGUGUCGCAGGGAAAGGAUCAUUUCGUUCUGUUGGACAAUCCUGACACGAAUGCCGUCAACAUUUACAAGUACGACCCCGCGUCUCGAAACUUUCACAGUUACCAAAGCAUUUUUCACAUCCAUCAGAUUAACGGGAUCGAGUGCUUCUACACCGACGAUUUUGCCAACAGCGAUGUAUUUGUGAUUGUUACGACGCAGAGCGGACGGUUUUAUAUUUACGAAUAUAUGUUCGCCGGGAAAUUCCAGAUGAAACUGCAGCACGCCGUGAACGGCUUGCGAACGAUGGUGCCAUUCUACUAUGCGAACCGUCACUACAUUUUGGCUGGUACAGACGACAAUAAUAAAAUCUUCCGGAUCGUGAAACAAGGUUCACAAUGAGGCGAUAAAAUGAAGACGCGUAAAGAAAUUUCGUACGCGUACUAAUGUGUAUCUAUAUUGUUAUAGUAUUUAUUACAGAUCGAUGCGAAAGUCACGCUGUUUAAUUGAUUAAGCAAGACUAUAACACGGCGAUUGUUACUAUUUAUUCUUACUCUUUGUUAAUUUUGUAUAGUUUCUAAUGUCGUAUUAGUAAUUAUCGUUAAUUUAUUAUUGCAUUUACAUUAAUUAGUAAUGCAAAAAUUAAUAUACCUUUUUAAUUGUUGUUUACCGCAUGCUACACAAAUGUUGUCGAAAGCGUUGUUUAUCUACGAAUAAAGUUUGCAUUCAUCUCGUC